AUUUCGCUACAGUGCCACUACGGAAUACGGUUAACUUUACCACUGAAAAUUUUGCUAAAAUCAAUAAUAAAUAAUGCUUCCGCCAUUGUGUACUGAAUAUAAUGUUUUCAGCGUUUUGUAAAUAGCUUUAAAUUUAAAUGAAAAUGCAAUUUUAUAUUUUAUACAACGAAAGACUAACUCUAUUAUAACAAUGAACGGGUGUUGUAAAUUUAUUAUAGUGCUUCUUUCAAUUAAAUCAGUGCAUCUAUAUUGUGGUCCAUACAAUGGACAAAUUUGUAAGCACUAUUCAACUGGAUUCGUGUGGUACAACCACACGGGAGGCCUUGAAAACGAAAAGAUUACGACCGGACUAUGGAAAGAAAUGAUAUCCACCUUGAAGGAACCUUGUCGAAGCAAAGCUGAAAAACUACUCUGCGCCUAUGCCUUCCCCAAGUGCAUCGUUAAAGAUAGUGAAGGUUAUUUCGCAUUGCCGCUGUGUUACGAAGACUGCAUGGCUGUUAAAAUGCAAUUCUGUUACAACGACUGGAUCGUUAUUGAAGAACAGAAACGACGCGGCGUAUUCUUUGAGUCUAGGGGACACUUUCGAUUUCCAGAAUGUAAGGACCUCCCGAAAUUCUCCGGAAGAGGUUCUCAAGUGACUUGUAACAAUGCAGGAAUAAUAGAUAUGGACUACAGUCAAGUGACAACAACAUGCAUCCGAGGAAACGGCAGGUAUUACCAGGGAACUGUAAAUGUAACUGAAACUGGUCUAGCUUGCCAGGCUUGGGAAUCCCAGCAUCCUCACCAACACACAAGACCUCCUUUAGUAUUCCCUGAAGUUCAAAACGCAACUAAUCACUGCAGGAAUGCCGGUGGUGAGGAACGCAAACCCUGGUGUUACACCAUGGACCCUAACGUGAGGUGGCAAACUUGUGACAUACCUACAUGUGCCAAUUUUAGUGAAGAAAUAGACAAUAUAAAUGGACCAAUGAUUAUGGAGAAUUAUUUUACACCUAGCUUUGUCUUAUUGCUCUCAGUCGGAGGACUAGGAUGUAUUCUAGGUAUAGCAUCCAUUGCCCUCUUGUGCCACUAUUUUUUGAAAAAUCACUAUUCUCAAUGUAAUGUAUCAAGCCGGAGAAAUUUGCAAAAUGUUGACAUUGAUUUGGAUAAGCUACCAAGUAAUUUGGCUUACCACACGACUGGUGCUCAACUUAACCCUAAGUUGGAAAAAUUGGAGUUUCCUAGAAACAAUAUUAUUUACAUCCGCGACUUAGGUCAGGGUGCAUUUGGAAGAGUUUUCCAAGCGAAAGCUCCUGGCUUAGUUCCUGAAGAAGAAUUCACUUUGGUUGCUGUUAAAAUGCUCAAGGAUGAAGCUUCACAUGAUCUCCAACUAGACUUUGAAAGGGAAGCGUGCUUGUUAGCUGAUUUUGAUCACCCAAACAUUGUCAAAUUACUAGGUGUAUGUGCUAUAGGGCGCCCAAUGUGCUUGUUAUUUGAAUAUAUGGGUAAAGGCGAUCUUAAUGAGUACUUGAGAGCAAGCAGCACUGCAACAAAUUUUCCACCUGGUGUGGAAAAUAGAGAGGACUUGAGACUCCUGGUCACUCCUCUCAAUCACAUGGAUCUCCUGCACAUUGCCAGGCAGAUUGCUUCCGGUAUGGUGUACCUCUCUGAUAGAAAAUUUGUGCACCGUGAUUUAGCUACUAGAAACUGUCUUAUUAAUGAUGACAUGGUUGUUAAAAUUGCUGAUUUUGGAUUGUCACAUAAAAUAUAUUUACAAGAUUACUACAAAGGUGACGAGCAUGACGCUAUACCAGUAAGAUGGAUGCCCUUAGAGAGCAUAUUGUACAAUAAAUAUACACUAGAAUCAGAUGUAUGGGCAUACGGUGUAUGUCUUUGGGAAAUAUUUUCUUUUGCCUUACAACCAUACUUUGGUAUGACUCAUGAAGAAGUAGUGAGAUUCUUGAAAGACGGAAAUGUUCUCGCCUGCCCUGACAAUACACCUAGAUGUGUUUAUGAUUUAAUGAAACAAUGCUGGAACCAUCAUCCCAGUGAUCGUCCAAAUUUUAGAGUUAUAUACCAAACAUUGGAUAAUAUACAAAUGAUACUGGAGAGAACUCAUUCUAAUUGAUUUAUUUUAUUUUACUGAGAUAUAUACAGUGAUUGGACAAGAAAGAAAUAUUUUAUCUACCAUUAUUAUGAUUGUAUGCAAGAUAAUGUUUCUUGUCUCAUCUUUAAAUGUACAUAUAUAAAGCCUUAGGUAGUUAUUUCUUUAAAAGUAUCCUGUACAUGUAAAUGUAAUCUUUAAGUAUUUAUUGUGUGUGUUAAUUUUACAGCAACUGAUUCAAAUAGUCAGGAUGUCUGAUGAUUGUUUGUGUUCCAUAUGACUUUUCUUAGAACAUGACACAAAUUCAUAGAAUUUAGUUUCCUAAUAUACUUUGCACAGUAAGUUUGAUAAGACUUGUUGCUCACAUAUCUCUCAACCAUUAUAGAUUGCUUAUCUAUGUUACGGUUAAAUUGUAAAAUACGUAUUUGACUGACAUAUGUGUUUCAUUCCUAACUCUAUGGACACAGAACAGUCUGCUGUAAGGCCGACCAAUCAGGGGCAAGUUCGGACAGUUGAUGUUCUAAGAUUGCAAUUUAAAGGUUUCACUUCCGAUAGAUUAUAAUAUACCAAAAAAUAACACAUUAAAUUGUAAUCAGUAUUUUCAGUUCACAAUAUGACGGUAGAUUAUAAUAUCAUGAGUGACAUUAUAAACUAAUGUAUUUUACAAUCUAACGGUGACAUUUAUAUUGAUUUUAGAUUUCUUACUAUUUCAUUAAUCAGCAUUAUCAAUAUAACAAGACUGAUUUUGGUUACUAUUGUUUUCAUAUAGAUUAGGUAUAAUAAUGUUUACUUUGUGUAACUAUUUUAUGUUAAACAUCUGUCUUGUAUUUUAUUGUAGUAAUGUGCAGUUAUAAAUUCUAUCUACCACUACUUAUAAUUUUUUUUUUUGCCACAAGUUUGCCAAUUUAAAUUAGUUUUAUGAAAGCGAUUCAAUAUAGUGGUAUAAUUAAAUACCUGUAUGUAUAGAACACAUUAUUUUUCAUAGCCCUUAAUCUAAUUGAUUAAUUAUAUUUGUAGAAAUUUUACCAAAAAUUUGCUUUCAGUAAGCAUGAGUGUCAAAUAGAAUAUUUUAUAAUUUAAUUUUGCAAGAAUGCCAUCCAAUAGACCAACGAUAAUGUAUGAUUUUCUUUAUUGGGUGCAUAAAUAUUGGAUUGUUCUCACUGCCAAGUAUUAAUUGUACUUAUUUAUAUUUAUAAGAAUGUAAUUUUUUUUUAAAAUAAUUAUCUUACAAUUUUGUAUUUUUAUGAGACAAUUUUACAUUUAAUUUAUUAAGUUAUGUUAAUAUUUGUCGUUAAGAAUAAAUGAUUCGAUUUUUAAUAAA